AUGGAACUUUUCUGGACUCUGGCAGUGAUUGUGAUAUAUAGUAUAGGUCCCAUUAAUGGACGAUGUGAAAGAAAUUUAGAUUUGGAUCAUGGAAGUAUAAACUAUCGAGCGCGAAAUAUCGUGAGGUUCCGAUGCAAUCGCGGCUACUAUUUGCAGGGAACAGGUUUGCGAACUUGCGACCGAGACGGCUCCGUUCGAGGUGAAAAGCCUUUCUGUGCCAGGAGGGGCUGCGUGAGGCCGAAGGAUCCGGAUAACGGAUACGUUGAAAAUGAUGCCCUGAAAACGGAUGUCGUGUGCCGCGAUGGCUUUGUCUUGGUAGGAAGUCGCACUGCCUACUGCGAUGGCAAAAACUGGAGCACCCUGCUGGGAUCCUGUCGGAGGAGCAACCACACAGGGGACCAUUCUUGCGAUUUCGAGAGCGAGGAUCAGUGCGGUUGGGGGGCGGAAACGACUUUCCGGCAACCUUGGAAGCGGGUCAGUCCGGCAUCCAAUUUCCAUUCCCUCAGAACGGGACCCCCUCACGAUCACACCUUUAAAAGCGAGUCCGGUGGUCACUACAUGCGAAUGGAAACCCAAAUUGGGGCUUAUGGAAGCUACCAUUUGAUAUCGCCGAUCUAUCCCAGAUACCUCACCCUGAAGACCGCCUGCUGCUUCCGAUUCCACUACUUCAUGUAUGGAUCGGGUGUGGAUAGUCUGGUGGUGUCCGUAAAACCAGUUUCGAUGCUAAUGACAACCAUGUGGAAUACGUUUAGAGCCAAUUCCAGCAAAUUUGAGAUAGCUGGGGAACAGGGAACCCAGUGGCUGGAGCACACGAUCACCAUUGACGAAAUGCAGGAGGACUUUCAGGUGAUCUUCACGGCCACGGAUGCCAGAUCCCAAUUCGGAGAUAUUGCAAUCGAUGAUGUAAAGCUAAUGACAGGCAGCGACUGUGGCACAAACGGGUUUACCACCACCACCGAACCACCGGCACCACCGACGGCCAGCAGCGAGCCACCGCUGGUGCACGACAUGAUGAGUUGUUCGGGUCGAUGCGGAGACUCACCCGUGGCUGCCAAACUAACCAGCAGUGGUGUAGUCAUGGGAUGUGCAUGCAAUGACGACUGCAUUUGGAAUGACAAUUGUUGCCUAAAUUAUUUCGAGGAGUGCAUGACACAAAUGCCCGAGGAUGAUCUAAGUUUCCCAGAACCAACUGCCACUGCGACAACCACAAGCACUACGGAGAAGCCGACAACCACAACUCCAACAUCUACAACUACAACUACAACAACAACUACAACUAAAAGGCCAACCACACCAACAACUACCACAACAACAACAACGACAACAAAGGCCACAACCACAAAGCGAACAACAAGACAAACAACUACUAAAAAACCAACAACAACUACUAAAAAACCAACAACAACUACUAAAAAAACAACAACAACUACUAAAAAACCAACAACAACUUCAGCAACGCCGAAACCAACAACAAGGACUUCAACAACACCAAAGCCUACAACCAGUUCAACAACACCAACGACAACAACCACAAGAAAAGUGUUUACAACGAAGAAAACAACAACAACCUCUAAAGUGUAUAAUGCGACUACAACUCCUCGAACAACAACGAUAGGACCGACUUCCAGUACCGAAAUGGAGACAGGCAUCGACGCCACAAAGAAGACAAGAAAGCGCAUCACUUGGAAAGUUGACCCCCAGGACAUCGAUGGCCACAUGGACACAAGCGGAAGUACCCCCAAUCCAGCUUUGGUAGUGCUCUACCUGCUCAUCGGCGUUGUUCUAGUGAUUGUUCUGGCCAACGUGGUCAAUCGCUGGAUAAUUCCAAUCAGUGGAUCGAGGACCGGCAGCGAGAAGGCUGUGCGAUUUAAGAAGGCAUUCGAGAGUCUGAGGAAAAGAAAUGGGAAACGAAAUAGCAUGGAGCAGCCGAUAUGCGACACCGAUAACGAGGAUGGAGAUUAUUUUGAGGAAAUGGGCGUGGACAUUCGCCAUAGGAACGACCUAUGAGGGCGAUAUCCCUUGGUACCGAAAAACGCUAUCUGCUUUGUUUGUGCCUUUGGUAUGGAAAGUUUCUAAGAAUUUAUGCAAGAAUCAAAUAAAAGAAUAUAUGC